ACUCUGGCCAACCAUUCCUACGUGGACCUCAGUCUAGUGGGGAGUGCUGGAAGUGGUAGUGACAGUGUUCAGUGUAUCACUGACCUGAACACGUGUUGUAGUGGUCAACAGGGUUUUCAUCGUGGAGACUGGUACUUCCCUGAUGGAACUAGACUGCCAUUCUCUGGAGGUGGUAAUAUCUAUGAGAGUCGUGGAGUUGAGAGAGUUGAUCUAGGUCAUCAUAACAAUCCCACCUCACCAGUUGGUAUCUAUCGCUGUGAUAUUCAAACUAAUGCUGUCUAUGAUGAUAGUGACAUCUCAGUGAGAGACACAGUCUAUAUGGGACUGUAUUAUCCCAGUGGAGGUGAUGUUAAAAUACCUGGAGGUAUGACAUAUGAUCCGAGCACAGAAACCCUCACCUGUAUCUCCACUGGUGGACCUGCUACCACUGUCACUUGGACCAGAGACUCCACCACUGUCACCCAAGGAACC